AUGCGCAGUCUCGCUCUCUCCUUGGCCCUGCUCGCCGCGGGCUCAUCCGCCGUCACCGCAGCCUCUGCACCAACAUGCGCCAAGGGCCUCUACAUGGUCGUUGCCCGCGGCAGUGAAGAGGCCCCCGGAACUGGUGUCACCGGCAAUCUCACCAGCCAGAUCGCCGCCAAGGUGCCCGGCAGCCAGGUUGCCGCCGUCGACUAUCCCGCCACGCUCAACGACUACGAGAGCUCCGAGGGCAAGGGCGUGCAGGCCAUGCAGAAGCUGCUGAACGCCUAUGGCCAGGCCUGUCCGGACAGCAAGAUUGCCAUCCUGGGCUACUCGCAGGGUGCCCAAGUCUCGUCGGAUUCCGUUUGCGGUGGUGCUGGCAACCCAUUCAUCGAUGACAAGGCCCUGUCGACGAGCAUCAUGGACAAUGUCGUCGCUGUUGCCAUCUUCGGAGACCCAACCCACGUCGCCAACAUAACGUACGACCGCGGCACCAGCGUGCACAACGGCCUCUUCAACCGCACCGACGCCAGCCUCGACGUCUGCAAGUCCUACGCCAGCCGCAUCAUCUCCUACUGCGACACCGGCGACGUCUACUGCGACAGCGGCAACAACGUCACCGUCCACCACCUGUACAUUGACCGUUACGGCAGCGAAAUUGUCGAUUUUGUCGUCAGCCAGUACCAAAAAGCCGCGGGCUCUUCCAACUCCAGCUCUACUACCACCGCCCCUCCCGCCACUUCUGCCACUGCUACUCCCACCAGCGGUGGAAGCGGCGGCGGUUCCAACAGCACCAGCAGCAGCCCUACCAAGUCUGCCUCUGCAUCAACGAGCCCUCAUUCGGCUGCCAAUGCGCUGACUCCUGCGGCGGGCAGCUUGAUCUUUGGAGCGGGUCUGCUGGCUGUUUUGUCUCAGAUGCUAUAA